AUGCCACAAGAAUGGAAAACAAGAGAAUUGUCUGAUUUCAUUGUUUGCCUUCCUUUCAGAUCCUUGAAAACAGAGCCUGUUUUAAGUAUCAGCAAGCUUGCUGUGAUGGAAGUCCUGAUGAAGGGAAGAAACUGUGGGAUUGGGAGUGUGAGAAUUGCCCCUAGCAAUGCUGCUGCGAGACAAAGAACCAACUUUGUGCAAGGAAAACAAUCUUUCUCCCCACCCUCCCUAAUGAUGGAGUUACAGGCAAAGAUGAAGACCGAUCACAAUAACUCCUACUCUCGUGCAUCUUGGUAUUUGGUUCAUCCAAACACGGUUGGGUUUAUGUUCGCCAUUCCCAUGGCACCGGCUCUUCCUUCUGCUUCAGAUCCGGACAUUAGCAAGAGCGAUACCAUUUCCUCCUCAUUUCUUAAAACAGUUUGUUUGGUCGAUUGGUGGUUGAUUAAAACGGAAAAAGAUUUCUGUGGGAAGAGGUUAGCAGUGGGAGGCAUCACAUCGAAAGAGCAACAAGCAGUUCGAGCCUUUUCCUCUUCUCCAAUUUUCAAGAAAUAUGAUGCAUUCACUCUAGAGACAGCUGAUGGAAUCACUGUAAUGGUCAAGGGCCUUAUAAAUAGAGAUCGCACACUUCAAAAUGGUUUCCCCUCUGAGGUCUGCAGUCAUUUCUUAUUUGGAUUUCCUUAUGAUUGGGAGACAUAUUCAGGUGAAUAUUUUCAUAGAGAAUCCACCAUCUCAAAUGUUCCAUUGAACAGCCCUGUUUAUGGAGAAUGCAAUGAUGAUACGAGGAAUAGUGAAGAAAUAUCAAAUUCUGGAAACUGUAGCUGUGAGGCCAUUGAGGAUAAGGUUCCUUCAGUACCAAUAAGCUCUAAUGUGAAAAAUAUUAGGCCGUCGAAGGUCAAUGUCUUGGUGCAACUUGAACCUCCUACUAAUUUUCCUGCAGUAUCAUCUAGAAAGCUGACAGUCUCAAACGGCAAUGGAAAACAUAGCACAAAAAACAAAAAUGAAGAUGGCUCAAAGGGUAAAGAUGAGAUUAGAAGAGUUGAUCUUGUUGAAGAGGCAUUAAGUGGUGGAAAUAUCUCCGGUUUUGCUAGAAGAGGCCUUAAAGGAACUGCAGAACAAUCUUUGGUUACCACACCAAAUAUUGUGCGUUCCAAAAUUUCAAAAAGAAGCGUGGAUCCUACGGUGGUAAUUGGUUUAAAAAUGAAUGUUAGUUCUCCAUCUGAUCUUAAACAAAAUAAAUAUCCUGAUAGAAGAGUAAGUGACAGAUUGAAAAAUCUAAAAAGUUACCAGAAAGAAAAUUCAGAUUCUACCUUAUAUUUGACAAAUGAAGACAAUAAACCAAAUUCUAUGAUAGAGACCUUUGAUAAUCCAACUGCAGAAAAGAUGGCUGCUGGAAAGAGUGAACCAACCAAAAACCCUUCUGGACGCAAAACAAACAGUUCUAAGGGAAUUCAUCGUCACUCUGGAACCAGACAAUCAAGUUAUGGUCUGAGGAACCUGAAGAAUAAAUUCAAUAAGGACCAAGCAGCUGGCUAUAGUCAUGAAACUGAAACAGAUGAGGUCAACCCUGUCUCAGUGGAUUCUGUAUUGGUAAAUAAUAUUACAAAAGAUAUAGGUCACAAAUCAAAGCGUAAAAGUGCCCUUGAUCUGCCUGAUGUUGGUCUUAAAGAGAUGAAGGCUGGGGAAGUAGACAGUAUGUAUCAACAACAUUGGACCCAGCUAGACAACAUGUCUUCUCUCUCCCCUGAGUCUGUUAAAGAACCAGAGUGUCUGAUUGUUACCGAUCAAGGCAAUUCAGAGACUACCAACCAAAUUGAAGACAAAGAACCAGAUUGCGUGAAAGCUACAGACUGUAGUGGUGCAGAGAGUACCAACCAAGUUGAAGACUCUUGGUCUCCCAUUACGUCUGGUGAUGUGAAGCAUACUGAUUACCUAAAGCUCUCAGCUGGAGCGGGAGAAAGGAGCACGGAAGAACUAAGUACAUCUGGGAAAAAAACAAAGAGGAAACUGGAUUACAAUCCACACGCAUGUUCUACUCAUCACAGGAUGAAGGAAUGUUCUAUUGUCUCUCCAGAAUCUCUCAGUAAUAGAAGAUCUAAAUUGGGGCGAGUACUUCUUCCUCCUCUAGCUUUCUGGGAUAACCAGCACGUAGUGUAUGAUGCGGAUGGUCAUAUUAUUGGAAUUCGGAAUGGCCUGACAAAAGGAGAAUCUUCUGCAGGAAGUAAAUCAGGGGCCAUGAAAAGGAAAAAGAGACUCAUAUGAGUUUUAGGGACAGUUCACCAUUCUCCAUUGGAAUUUUCAUCUGGAGAUUGUGUGCAGGUUUCUUGCUCUUGUUGACGUGUAGUGGAUAAACUGUGGCCUUAGAU